GUGUAAUGCUUGACUGCAAGCAUCUUUAAAUACUUCAACUAUGAAGCUCUUCGCGUAUUGCCUCACACUGAAUGCUAGUGGUUUGAGGAAAGCCUUUCCCUACCGAGUCUCAGAAUUAUUUAACCUUAAAAAAUUUUUUAAAAGUAAAGAUGUGGUGUCUGCUACAAAAAAUUCAUCCCAAAAUUAUCCGGCAGUUCCGACUGUUAAACCUUAUUCAUACCGCUUAUUUUUAGGAGGUUUGCAGGGUGUUGCCUUUAGAAAGCGUUCAAAGCUCUUAAUAUUUAGUGUAUGGUCCGUUUUUACCCUCCUUGGUGCAGUUGCGUCUUGCGCGUAUGAUGAUGCUCCGGAAAGAGUAUUAUCGUACUUUCGUAGUGCUGAGACCUUUUGGACGCGCUUAUUCUGCCAAAACGAAAUUGAUUUAGGCUACAUCCUUGAGGCGGCCGUUAGAAUUAUUACGUUUUCGGAUGACGUCAAAGAACAUGUCGUUCACUAUCCAGGCGUUAUAGAAAGAAUGCUUGCGAUAAUAGAUAACGAGAGCUUAGCCUUAGAGGUUAGAGAAAAGGCCUGUGUUUGCAUCAACGAAUGCUCUCGAUGCGAUAAACUUACAAGGAUCCUCGGUGAGCGCGGAGUCCACUUGCGCCUACUGGAAAUUGCCUUCCACACGGACUCUCUUCUACUCCGGCAGCUGCUUAGCCAGAGCCUCUGUCACUUUGCAGAGAUUGAGCACUUGCGGAAGGACUUGGCUUUAAACGGAGCUAUCACGUUUUUGGAAGCUUGUUACAGCAGUUAUUCGAUAGGAAGAUGGUCACACAGAGAGGCGCUAAUGAAGAUUUGUUAUACCUUCUCUCAGGCUCAUAAGGUUGACUUGUCGUCUCUUCAGAGUCCGCGUGAAAAAGAUCUUGUUAAUAAAUACGCAACUGAAAUGGAGUUGGAUCUUACGCGGCCCUACUACGAUCUAAGAAAGAAGAUCAGAAAAUCGGGUAUAAUGCUCUACUUUCACACUGGUGGUGGGGGACUGGUUUGGGGGGCAUUCGAGGGGUGGGCACUCGGCAAUUCAGUCCCACACGUCCUCAAGUAUGCCGUUCGAAACGCCGUAGUUUCGAGCUUGCUCCCCAUUUACUUUGUUGGCGCGACUGUCUAUAUUUACAGUUACCUGCGGAAAAGGUGCGAAACGGCGGUAGACUUGUUUAAGCUAAACUUUGGCACAGGAUUGUGCUUGUUUCCUUGGUUGUACUUACUGCCCAAAGUCGAACGGUAUGCGCCGUACUGGAUUGGUGGGCAUAUCCUUGGCUUCCUCUCGUUCUUUACAUUUUUGGUUUUGAGCGGAUCGGAUAUACUAACAAACUCGUAUACGCUAAAACUUCGAGACUUGAGGAUGCCUAAGAGCUUAAGCUUGGAAAAGGGCUAAUAGAAAAAGAA